AUGGAAUUGAAGAAUAUGGAAUCAGAGAAGGUUGGGGUCGGAGGUGAUGCGUAUCGGAGGAGAUCGAAUCGAUGGAGCUUGGCUACUAACAGGUUGAUCACAUCAAAGGAUCAUGCUUCUGUGCAGCUCAACAUUGGUCAUCUCGAUGCUGAUGGGGUGUAUACUGGUCAAUUCACUACAUUUGCUCUUUGCGGUUUUGUCCGUGCUCAGGGUGAUGCCGACAGUGGAGUCGACAGGCUAUGGCAGAAGAAGAAGGUUGAAGCCAAACAACAGUAAGACCAACAAGCUUUGUUUUCUAGUUUCUAGAUUUCUUUUUGAAAUCUAGAUGUGAACCUUUGUCUUCAUCACAAUCUUCAUCACAAUCUAUUUCUCUUCAUCAAAAUCUUCUCUUUUCACCUAUGUAACAUAUCCAUCAAAAGUUAAAUCAUGAUUCAUGAUGACUCUUAUUUAGUAUUCUCAACUACUAUAUCUCAAGUUUGAGUUUCAUA